CCAGGCCGUGAUCUAUACCUUACAUGGGUAGGUUCUGAUUCUCGCCCCGCAUAACACCCCGUUACGUGUUCUCCACGCUCUAUUGUGUUUCAGUCCUCCCAAGAGCUUGCCAUCCAAGAAGUCGUCCAGGACCAGUGGCCAAGAUGUCUGAUGAGGAAGAGGUGACUUAUGAAGAAGAAGAGGAAGAAGAAGAAUAUGUUGAAGAAGAGGUAGAAGAGGAGGAGGUAGCAGAACCUGAGCCACCGAAACCUGCUCCACCUCCACCAGUUCCACCACUUAUUAGAAGAAAGUCUUCGGCCAACUACCGCUCGUAUGCCACCGAACCACAGGUUAAGAGGAAACCCAAGAUCUCUGCAUCUCGAAAACUACAGCUAAAGGGUCUGUUGCUACAAAUCGCUAAGAGUGAAAUGGAGAACGAGGAGGCAGAGCGAGCGCGUGAGAAGGAGCGGUACCUGUCAGAGCAUUGUGAGCCUCUGCAGUUCUCUGGACUGUCCCUGUCUGAACUGAAGGAGCUAUGCAGGGAACUCCACGCGAAAAUUGAUGUAGUGGACGAAGAAAGAUACGAUAUGGAAGCCAAAGUCAAUAAGAACGUCAAUGAGAUUGAAGACUUGAAUCAAAAGAUUUUUGACCUACGUGGGAAAUUUAAGCGCCCGCCCCUGCGGAGGGUGCGCCUGUCUGCGGACGCCAUGAUGCGGGCACUCCUGGGCACUAAGCACAAAGUUUCUAUGGACUUGAGGGCUAAUUUGAAACAGGUCAAACAAGCCAAAAAAGACGAUGCAGACAAGGACAUACGCGAAGUCGGAGACUGGAGGAAGAACGUCGAUGCUCUCAGCGGGAUGGAAGGCAGAAAGAAGAAGUUUGAAUCGAGUGGGGCUGUGCAGGUUUAGGUGGGGAUUGAUUCGGAUUACAUGCUAAAAUAUAAUAGGCACCUGGAAAGAAAAUGAGCUGUUUUUCUAAAGUCCUUCGCACCAGCGAGCCUCGUAUUAUCACCGGGAUCUCAUCUUCCGCCUGUCCAUUUAUCCCUUUCUCAAUAUUCGGGGGAAAUGACGAAUUACGGGAUGGUAUGAGUUUAUUAUAAAUGGGGGCUUAUUUGAAAUUGCAAAUAAAUAUACUGAACGGAAA